GAUAGUAUUAAUAAUACAAUCAAUGCAUGCGAAAUAAAAUGACCAAAAGUAGGUAGAAAGGCGCAUUUCUGCGCAGCCCGAACGCCGAGUUGAUCAACUUCAAACACGUGUUGUGAAGCGGAAACAAUGGACUUAAACAGAACGAGCUGCUUUCGAUUCUAGUUCACUGAUAAUCCAAAGAAAUUCGCGUUUGAGUUUGUCCUCGACUUGGAGCUUCACAAAAUACCGCGGACGUUUGAUUUAACCGUGUAUUAAGACGAAACCUCUCCGUGGUUUCUCCAGCUUUACAUAACCAGCCAAGGCGAGCAGUUUCGAUUUUCAAACGUAAACAUCCGCCGAGCAGUUCCGUCCAUGUGUGAGCAGCUACUUCACUAUGCUACAUAUGUUUAUGAGAAGUGUUUUGUUUUAAAACUGAGGAUAUGUCGUUCCCAGCUAAUGGCCAGCUGUGAUAUCGGAACUGGAGUUUUAUUUUAAUCCAAAGUGGUUUGUCAAGACGCCAACGUUACUAAAGAUGUAAAUGGGUUAGCACGCAAGCUAACUUAGCUACUCAAGCUGUUUGCUUGUUUAACCACAGACUUAACUAUGUGGUUUGACAGCACAAAUAACACGACAGAGGAUAAAUAGUCUAUUUCAGCAAACAGUUUUCAUAUCUUUAUUAUGGGUCUGCUGAACUUUGUUAUUAUUUCAAUUGGAAAAUGCAUAGAUGUCAUCUGCCUCCUCCUGGAUUUAAACUUUGUGAUCGUCAGCUCAGUCAUUCAGCUGUUGGUGGCAGUGAUCUGCUUCAUCAAUAGUCUGCCCAUGCUAAUCACAAAUUCAGUGUCGGAGUGCUGGAAUCUAAGUCUGCUUUGCAUUAUCACCAUGAGGGACGGAGUGACCGUCGUGACCCAUAAUAUGGUCGGAGGCUGGAUGCAGCUGCUCGGAGGCGUCCUGGAAAGCUUCAAGAUGAUCGGAUACCUGUCUUCACAUCUUCUGCUGCGCACCAAAGAGCUUCUGCACCGUGGACUGUUGUCGGGACACGGCUUGCUGCGACAGGCCUGGGAAGGCUGUGGAAUUGUAUUCAGCCUGUUGCUGUAUUUCAUCAACACAAUCAUUAACUUGCUCCUCAUAGGCACGCAGAAUUUAUACUCGGUGGUGGUCAGCACGGUGGAAGCCGUGUCUUGCCCUUUGCAGAAAGCUCUCGAGCUGACUUUGACCGUGCUGACGUUCCUUUACAGUAGUCUUGUUGGCACCUCUAUCCUGUUGUGGACGCCAUGCAGACUGGCGAUGGAGUUUUUGGGAUCUGUGUGCCAUGUUUUUGCGAGUGUGUUCCUGCUUAACUCUUAUGGGCUGCUUCUCACGUUGAUUAUAAUUGCGAGUGCAACUGUAUAUCUAAAUCCUGCGCUCCCACGACAUGUGUCUUUGCGUGCGAUCAACUACGUCAAUGCUGUUCCCAUCCUACAGCGACUACAAAGGGCUCUGCAUCGCCUCUACAUGCUUGAGAGGAACGUCUGGCGACGACUGGCAUGGCAUCGCAGCCGGAUAAUGGUUCCUGCGAGGAUGGAAGUGGCCGAAAGGGAUGUUAGACAGCCUGAUCCCAACCCUGAGCCUGAAGUUGUGGCAGAAAACGCGCCUGAGGAUGCCCACCAAGUGGACGACCCCUUAAACCUCCCACUUCCAAGUUCCAGCACUCACAGGCCGCUCCGAAAGUUUCCUUCGGAGGAUAGCUGCAAAGGCCCUCCGCCAGACAGCCUGCUGACUCUUCUACACGAGCAAGAGGAGAGGAAGAAGUGCGUCAUCUGUCAGGACAGCACCAAGACUGUCGUGCUCCUGCCGUGCCGCCACUUGUGCUUGUGUAGAGACUGCACCAACAUUUUGCUCAACCAGCCUAUCUACCAACAAAACUGCCCCUUGUGCCGCCACAUGAUCCUUCAGACCAUGGAUGUGUAUCUCUGAGGGGAAGUGUUUACGGAUGUGUUUCUGUCAUCCUCAGGUUUUUUGAGCAGCACUGUUCUUGAAAUGUGGGAAACCACUUGUUCCUUUUUUCAUAGAUGUUCAUUCCACUACUGUUGCUUGUAUAUAGAUUGAAAUCACAACCUUUUAUAAAGCGUAAAUGGCGAGGCGAACGACUGUGACCGUGCUUUCUUAUGAUUUUAUAUUCAUUGUCACUUUUUUUCAUCAGCUUGUAUAAGCAACACUAUUUUUCUCAUACAGCAAUAUCACAUGAAUGUAAGCUUUGUAUUAGAAAAACAUUAGAAAAUGGGUUUUAAUUGUGAAGAUGGAAGAUUUAUGAGGUAAUCGCUGAGUGUUUACUGGGAACAUUUCUACGCUACAAUACUAACGUUGGGCCUUAUGGUAUGAGUUGUUAUCUACUUGAUUUUUUUAUUUUUUGUUGCCUGACUGUAAAGGUGAUCAAAGGUUUCAUGGGAACCUUUGAAACCUCACAAUAAUCCACAAGUAAUUCACUUGACUUCAGUCCAACAAUUAGUGUUUUGUAAACUUUAAAGCUGUUUUUAUAAUACGCAGAGCCAUUAUUAAGACAUAAUUAACUUCAAACCAUUCUAAAACAGCCCUUAAAUCGUAAUAUUGCUUUAUCUAAGUCAUCUUGUCUGAAUCAGGAGAGAAAUACAGUUGAAGUAGUUUACAUACACCUUGCAGAAUCUGCAAAAUGUUAAUUAUUUACCAAAAUAAGAGGGAUCAUACAAAAUGCAUGUUAUUUUUAAUUUAGUACUAACCUGAAUAAUAUAUUUUACAUAAAAGGUGGACAAAUAGUCCACAAGAGAAAAUAAUAGUUAAAUUUAUAAAAAAAAAAAUGACCCUGUUUAAAAGUUUACAUAAGUUUGUUUCUUAAUACUGUGUUGUUAUCUAAAUGUUUCAGAAAAAUUGUACAGGUCUCACAAGUUCUUUGUUUUUUCAGCAUUUUUGUGUAUUUGAACCCUUUCCAACAAUGACUAUGAUUUUGAGAUCAUCUUUUCAAACUGAGAACAACUGAGGGACUCAUAUGCAGCUAUUACAGAAGGUUCAAACGCUUACUGAUGCUUCAGAAAGAAAAACAGUACAUUAAGAGCUGGGGUUGAAAACUUUUGAAGGGAAUAAGGAUGUGUACAUUUUUCUUAUUUUGCCUAAAUAUAAUAUUUUUUUCAUUUAGUACUGCCAUUCAGAAGCUACAGAAUACACAUACAUGUUCACCAAAAGACAAAUUAAGUAAAAAUUCACCCUGAUCUUCAAAUUUCAAAAGUUUUCACCCCCCCACCAUUUCUUAAUACGUUUCCUUUUAAAGCAUCAGUGAGCGUUUGAACCUUCUCAAAAUCAUAAAGUCAUUGUUGAUUGCUGUGAAUCAUUCAGGUAACAACAGUAUUAAGAAUCAAGUGUAUGUAAACUUUUGAAAUGGGUCAUUUUUAUAAAUUCAGCUAUUAUUUUCUCUUGUGUGCUAUAUGUAAACAUCUUUUAUGUGAAAUAUCUUGUUCAGGUCAGUACUAAAUAAAAAAUAACAUGCAUUUUGUUUGAUACCUCUUAUUUUGGUAAAAUAAUUAACAUUUUGCAGAUUCUGUGUAAACUUUUGACUUCAACUAUAUGCACAGAUCAAGCACCGAAAACAGUCCAAAACAUUUCUAAACUAAUAUGUCUGAUUUUUUACUGGAGAAAGUGUUCAUAUGUUCAGAAGUAAUGGUUUUAAGUUAAAAUGUUUAUUACAAACAAGCAGCUUUUCAAUGUUAAUUGAUAGAUUUAAGUUUUGUCGAUCACCUGUGGAUUAUUGUGAUGUUUAUAAGAAAUAUUUGUAUACUACAGCUAAUGUUGGGCCUAUGAUUUGUCCUCUACUUAAUUUUUUGCCUGAUUGUAAAGUAGAUCAAAGGUUUCAUGGGAGUAUCUUCAACAUUGUCUUAUUUCUUUCAUGUUGGAGAAAUCUGUUUUGCUUUGCAUACUUUGUAAUCAUUCCACCAAAGCUGUUUUGCACUCUUUUGAAAGUGUCACUACAAUAUUUCCACAGGCCAUUCUACAAUCUGAUGAUGUAUUUGUGCUGUUUUUGACAUUUAUUAUUGAACAGCACUAAGGCUCUCUCACUGCUCAAGUGGUAUUGAUUAAUGCAUUUUCAAAUCGAAAUUUUGUGCUUGUUUUUUGGUUUGAGAGACGGUAAUUCAAUUCAGCUACCGGUAAAAACAGACUGGCAGAAGGGCUUUUAGCUCAUUGUCCAGGGGAUGUUGUUAGAAAUCACUAUUUUGGAAAACAUGCAUUAGAGAAACAAGGUACAGGUUUUUCUGGUUUAUCUCAAUUAUUUUGGUGUUACAUGAUAUUUCAAAACCCAGUCAGAAAGGCACAGUGCGCAAGACAAUCAGGUGCGUUUAGAGAAAAAAAGGUCCGUGCAAGUUGUUGUCCUUCCUAAAAAUCUAAAAAAUGACUCUGUAUUAUUUCUGACACUCAAUUCUGCCCAAUACAGGUGACAAGCACUAACCCAUAGUUUGUUAUUGUAAUUUCAAGGAUUUUAAACAAGCUGUGAUUUCAUUCCAUAUUAUUAAACCCCAAGCCUUUUGUAUUCUUGUAUCGCAGACGUUUGUUUUCUAUGAAGGUCUCCAGUGAUGAUGUUUGUGGGUAGAACAGAUGUCUGUCUCUUCCCUGAGGCCUGGAUAAUAUCAAAACCACAUUCACUGACUAUUCAGAUGAACAAUAAACAGUAUUUGAAUGUG